AAAUUUUUUCUAAAUAGUAAUACCACCCUAAUAAAAAAAAGACCGUUAUAAUUUUGUUUCUGUCGAGAAAAAAUAGUAUACACACAAAAUAUUACAAAAACGAGAAGCAAAAGAAAUUAAAGAAAAGAGAACAAAAUAAGAGAAAAUUGUUACUCAAAUAAGAAAUAAAUUUCAACCACCAAAAGUUUUGAUAUCACUCAAGAUCACAAGUAAGUUUUUUUUUUUGUUUUGGAAACUCAUUUUCUAAUUUGUUCCUCUUAAAUUUAACAAUUAAACAAAAUAAAAUUAAAAAAGUGCUUGUUGUGUUGAAAUUUAAACCUGAAAAAAUAUAAGACAUACAUAUAUAAAAGAAAAUUGCUAUUGAUAAACAUAAAAAACUUAAAAACUAAAACAAUUUAAAAGUUAAGAGAACAAAGAGGAAAUAUUUUCAACCCCCAAAUUGUUACACAAAACAAGUAAAUAAUCUCACUCAACUAAAAAAUCGAAUCUAACCGCAGACUAACGGCUACCAGAAUAACUAGCCCAAGCCGUAACCCCAUUAGCAACAACAGCCAAAUACCUAGAGAUUUGGAGGUAUUGUAUUGUCUAAUAUGUAAGGGGUACCACGGCUUACGGUUCUGCCGGAAGUUUAAAAAGAUGUCGGUAGAAAAGAGGAGGGAAGUGGUUGGAAAUCUGGGCUACUGUUUCAAUUGUUUGGCUAGAAGCCAUAAUUUAAAUUCCUGCACCUCAAUGGGAGCGUGCAAAAGAUGCGACCAACUACACCACACGAUGUUGCAUCCGCCACGUCGCCAACAACGGCAGCGAAGAGGUCCAUCGCAAGAUCGAAGGACGUCAAGCCCCCAACGCCCUAGAAGCCCUAGAAGACCACAUAUCCAACAUCAACGUCAGCACCAGAAUCAACGUCAACAUCAGCACCAGAGUCAUCGUCAACAUCAACAACAUCAGCGUCAUCAACAACAACAACAACAUCGUCAGCAGCAGGAAAUUCAGCUACCAACAGCACAGCCAUCGAAUUUACAACAGCCAAAGCCAACUGCUCAUCUUUUAGCCGAGGCCAUAAAAUCACUGGCCGACGUGUUGUGUGUUACCAGCAAGCAAUAAUAAUGCUAAAUGCCGAGGCCGGCGCCAUGUCUAAACCUAAGUUUAGACAAUAAACUUAAUAGAAGAUUUUUAUAUUUAACCUAUUUAAACAUGGAUUUGAAAAUUGUAUUAUUAUAUGUAUAUGAAUUCCAAAUGUACGAUUAAUUUAAAUUUGAAUUGUUAACAGACAAAUAUAUAUUACCUUAAUUUAAUUAAUGUAUUUGAAGUUGCUAGCAACAUAGUAACGGGAAUGUUCCAAAAAUGAUUCGUAUUUGUUGCGAACAGAAAAUGUUGAAACAUAAAAAUAUAAUUAUAAAUCUUUCACUUCUCACUUAGCAACAGGCUGAACAACUUCAAAUUCGGAACAUCAAAUUUAUCUCAAUUUUUACUGUAUUUAUAUAUUUCAAUUUUAAAUACUUACCGUAAAUCUAAAUCAUUUACAUACAUAUUGUAUACUUACCGUAACCCUAAAAUAUAUACUUACCGUAACCCUAAAUCAUAUACUUACCAUAAUAUUGAAUUAUACUUACCACAAUUGAAGUGCUUCCCCUACAUAUAACCCAAAAGAAAAGGUAACAAAAAACCUAAAAUAAAAUACUUUUAUAACGUUUUGAAAAAAAAAA